CGCACAACAACAUGGCGCCCACCUACGGGAACCGGUCGUAGCAUUACGCCUGGGGGAAGAGGCUGCCGUAAAGGAAGCUCCGCUUCCUCUUCUUGCUUCUCCCGCCUCCCACCGGCUGUCGUAAAAGGGUGAAUGGAGAGCGAGUUGUGGGGGGGAAAAAGGGAAGACAGGGGGCGCGGAGUCAGAGUGGCGCAGCAAGUGGCUGCAGGUGGCAACGAGGGCGGAGGGUGGGGAGUGAGGUAGUCCUGGGGUCACGGGGGAGGAGGCUGAGAGGUUCAAAGGAAAACUAAAGCUGCAGUCUGGCCUACUGGCCCGGGGGCCGCGGAGCCCCCACCCGGGGAGAUGGACCUCAACCGGAUCAUCCAGGCGCUGAAGGGCACCAUCGACCCGAAGCUGCGGAUUGCAGCUGAGAACGAGCUGAACCAGUCCUACAAGAUUAUCAAUUUUGCCCCCAGUUUACUUCGGAUUAUAGUCUCUGACCAUGUGGAAUUCCCAGUGCGUCAGGCAGCUGCCAUUUACCUGAAGAACAUGGUGACACAAUACUGGCCAGACCGAGAACCUCCACCGGGAGAAGUAAUAUUUCCAUUCAACAUUCAUGAAAAUGAUCGCCAGCAAAUACGUGAUAACAUUGUGGAAGGAAUAAUUCGUUCUCCAGAUUUAGUGAGAGUCCAGUUAACAAUGUGCCUCCGCGUCAUCAUUAAACAUGAUUUUCCUGGUCACUGGCCUGCAGUAGUUGACAAGAUAGACUACUACUUGCAAUUACAGAGCAAUAGUGGAAGCUGGCUUGGCAGUUUAUUAUGUCUGUAUCAACUGGUGAAGACAUACGAAUAUAAGAAAGCAGAAGAAAGAGAACCUCUUAUAGCAGCAAUGCAAAUAUUUCUGCCUCGUAUUCAGCAGCAAAUCCUGCAGCUCCUUCCUGAUUCCUCCCAUUAUUCUGUAUUACUACAGAAACAGAUUCUGAAAAUCUUUUACGCACUCGUUCAGUACGCAUUGCCUCUUCAGCUGGUGAAUAACCAAAUCAUGACAACAUGGAUGGAGAUCUUCCGAACUAUUAUCGACAGGACUGUUCCUCCCGAGACUCUGCAUUUCGAUGAGGAUGAUAGACCAGAACUGGUAUGGUGGAAGUGUAAGAAGUGGGCACUGCACAUUGUAGCUCGUCUCUUUGAACGAUAUGGAAGCCCAGGAAAUGUCACAAAAGAAUACUUUGAAUUUUCUGAAUUCUUUUUGAAAACCUAUGCAGUGGGAAUUCAGCAGGUUCUGCUAAACAUUUUAGAUCAAUAUAGGCAAAAAGAAUAUGUAUCCCCUCGUGUUCUCCAGCAAGCAUUUAAUUAUCUCAACCAAGGGAUUGUUCAUUCUGUCACCUGGAAGCAGAUGAAGCCUCACAUCCAGAAUAUAUCCGAAGAUGUGAUUUUUUCUGUGAUGUGUUAUAAAGAUGAGGAUGAAGAGCUGUGGCAAGAUGAUCCAUAUGAGUAUAUAAGGAUGAAAUUUGAUAUUUUUGAAGAUUAUGCUUCUCCCACCACAGCAGCCCAGACUCUAUUAUAUACUGCUGCAAAAAAAAGGAAAGAGGUGUUGCCAAAAAUGAUGGCAUUCUGUUAUCAAAUCCUAACAGAGGCGAACUUUGACCCUAGGAAGAAAGAUGGAGCCCUGCAUGUGAUUGGUUCCCUUGCUGAGAUUUUAUUAAAGAAGAGUCUAUUCAAGGACCAAAUGGAGUUGUUUCUACAGAAUCAUGUAUUUCCAUUAUUAUUGUCUAACCUAGGAUAUCUUCGAGCUAGAUCCUGCUGGGUACUUCACGCAUUUAGUUCUUUGAAGUUUCAUAAUGAACUUAACUUAAGAAAUGCAGUUGAAUUAGCGAAGAAGAGCCUGAUUGAAGAUAAAGAGAUGCCUGUCAAAGUUGAAGCUGCCCUUGCCCUUCAGUCCCUGAUUUCUAACCAGAUACUAGCUAAGGAAUAUAUGAAGCCAUACGUGAGGCCUAUUAUGCAGGAGCUGUUGCAUAUUGUUAGAGAGACAGAAAAUGAUGAUGUUACUAAUGUGAUCCAGAAGAUGAUAUGUGAAUACAGUCAAGAGGUAGCAUCAAUUGCUGUUGAUAUGACCCAACACUUGGCUGAGAUAUUUGGCAAAGUUCUUCAAAGUGAUGAAUAUGAAGAAGUUGAAGACAAAACAGUAAUGGCUAUGGGAAUUUUACACACCAUUGAUACUAUCUUAACAGUUGUAGAAGAUCAUAAAGAGAUUACACAGCAGUUAGAGAAUAUCUGUCUACGGAUCAUUGAUAUUGUUUUACAGAAACACGUGAUUGAAUUCUACGAAGAGAUUCUUUCACUGGCAUAUAGCUUAACCUGCCACAGCAUCUCCCCUCAUAUGUGGCAGCUUCUAUCUAUAUUAUAUGAAGUUUUUCAACAGGAUUGCUUUGAAUACUUUACAGACAUGAUGCCUCUCCUGCAUAAUUAUGUGACAAUAGAUACAGAUACCUUACUGUCAAAUCCAAAGUAUUUAGAAAUUCUUUUCACGAUGUGUAGAAAGGUACUGUGUGGAGAUGGAGGAGAAGAUGCAGAAUGCCAUGCAGCCAAACUUCUUGAAGUCAUCAUUCUUCAGUGCAAAGGAAGGGGCAUUGAUCAGUGCAUUCCACUCUUCAUUCAGCUUGUUUUGGAGAGAUUAACUCGUGGGGUCAAAACUAGUGAGCUCCGUACUAUGUGUCUUCAGGUUGCAAUUGCUGCCUUGUACUACAAUCCUGAUUUGCUGCUACAUACUUUAGAACGAAUUCAGUUGCCUCACAACCCUGGACCUAUCACUGUACAGUUUAUAAAUCAGUGGAUGAAUGAUACAGAUUGUUUUCUCGGGCAUCAUGACCGGAAGAUGUGCAUAAUAGGACUGAGUAUUCUUUUGGGAUUGCAGAAUCGACCUCCUGCGGUAGAUGCUGUGGUGGGACAGAUUGUUCCCUCAAUUCUUUUCCUUUUCCUUGGCCUGAAGCAGGUCUGUGCCACUAGGCAACUGCUAAACCGGGAAGAUCACUCAAAAGCAGACAAAGCUGAUAUGGAAGAAAAUGAGGAGAUUGCGAGUGAUGAAGAGGAGAUGAAUGUGAAUGCCCAAGCAAUGCAGUCAAGUAAUGGAAGAGGUGAAGAUGAGGAGGAAGAUGAUGAUGACUGGGAUGACGAAGUAGUGGAAGAAACUGCCCUUGAGGGAUUCAGCACCCCGCUUGACCUUGACAGUAGUGUGGAUGAAUACCAGUUUUUCACACAAGCUUUGCUGACCGUGCAAAGUCGGGAUGCUGCGUGGUACCAGUUGCUGAUGGCACCGCUCAGUGAUGAUCAGAGGAGCACACUGCAGGAGGUGUACACACUGGCGGAGCACCGGAGGACAGUGGCAGAGGCAAAGAAGAAGAUUGAACAACAAGGAGGCUUCACAUUUGAAAGCAAAGGUGUCCUCUCUGCAUUUAACUUUGGGACUGUGCCCAGCAGCAACUGAAGGAGGGAACAUCAGCCGACCAGAGAUCAUCGAUCGCCACAUUUUAAUUUCACAAGGGGAGUUGUGAGAGGGUCAAGAGGGGGAGAAAUGAGGGCCUGCCUUUCAGGGCUCUCCUGCUGUACUAGUUCCCAUCUGGCAUUUAGGCAGCACUUUUCUCCACUCUCCCUUUCCCCUUUGACCUUUUUCACCCCGAAAUCUAGAUAUUGUAUUAAUAAACAGCUACUGUAAUGUAUGAAAUGAAAGAAAAACAGGAUCAUUGGCUUGAAGAGGACAAACCAUACACUUCAAAGGCUGGGUGCCCAAACGUGGUUUUAGAGGAUUGGAUGGACUUGCACGUCUCAGGUUUUUGCCAUGCAGAAUCAAUGGAUUUAUGCGGAUAACAGUGCCUUCUGUUGUACAUGAAUUAUCAGAAAAAAAUUUUUUGGAGUGCAUUGCAAUUUUUUUUUAAAAGCAUAAAAACAUAUUUCUAGAUAUAAUGUAAACCUUGGUUAUACGUCGACUUAUUCUGCAUUUUACUCUGUGAAUUUACUCUUAGGCAGUUAGCUGCGAGUCACUCUGGUUUCGAAAACAUCACCGCUCCCUUUGCUCACCCUGCUGCUGGGGGGCCUGCGUCAGGGGCUGUGAAUCAUGCACUGGCUCUGGGUUUUUAUAAGAUGUUUUGUGGCUUUCUUCAGAAGUGUCUUAUUCCCUCUUCCAUCGUAUUUUUCUGCCUUGAAAGGGGUGGUAUUUCUUUUGGGGUCAAGAAUUAUGCAUAUCAGUUUCACUCAUAACCUUGUAAGUUAUGAGUGGUCCUGCCAACAGUUUCUUGGCAACAAGUGGCAGGGGGCUCUUUAGUCACUGGAGUUAACAGUAAGUCUGAGUAUAUUCUGAAUCACCUACUUAGUUGUGCAGUUAAUUCAUAGUUAUACCUAAAGCACAUUGAACUUCUAGGAGAAAGGUGCUACAUAGGCACACUGUCUUUCUUGAUGGGGGCUUGCAUUUUCAAUAACUUAUCAUUCCAGCUGUGUCGGACCAGGGUCCAAAAGGAUUUUUAUAAUGGUUUUUUUUUUUAAUCUAGGAAAAAGACCCAAACAAAUCUUACUGCUUUCUCACACAUUUGAAUUUUCUCCUGCCUAAUUUGUUCUAGUCUUUAUUAUAGCUCAGUUUGACAACUUAAGUUUUUGAAGGGUUGUACAGACUCCAUGUUAAGGAAGAAAAGUUUUUUCAAGGGUUGGGUCAGCUGCACUCUUCGACGGGUUAUGAUGUAAGAUAGCCUAUAGACAAUAUUGCAGAUGGACAUUACAGUUUUUCUGAACUGGUUCAAGACCAGAACAUGGAUCAUAGUGUUUUCGUUCAGUGAAAUGGAAAUGUAUUUUCAGAAUUUAGCAUAUUACUGGAUGUGACAUAGCUUUUCAUUUUUGUGAAAUGGAAGAUUCAGAAAUUCACAGCUUAAAUUUUCCAUCAGUGACUGGAGGAAUUUUUUUCAGGUGCUUCAUAUAUUGCCAUCCCUAUUCAUAUAUUAACUCUUUUUAGAAUUUUAGAUUAAGUAAUUUUUACAGAAGUAGCCUGAAAAACCAUGAGUUUUGGAGCUGAAUGACCCCCUGCUUUCCUCUUUCCUUCCCUUCACAAGGUAUUGAAGCUGGAUGUGCCAACAGCAGUUACAAGAGAAAGAUGGCAUUGGGGGAAAUUUUAGAGAGCUUUGAAACUCUUUUUAUUCUCCUCAUAUUAAUUUUAACAAAUAGUAUGCCUUCACACUGGAUUGUAAAAGGCAUCUGAUUUUAGAGAUUUUAUUUUGUGACGUUUGUCUUCUACAGUAUUAAAGGGAAAGACAUAUUAACGUGCAUCACCCUCUCUUGUUUUUGAAGCCAGGGUAGUCGUAUGAUUUUGUUACCAGCAGUGCUAACCCAAAUGUGACCUGGUUACUUUGGAAAUGCAGGAACUUACAUGAAUGUACUGUACAAUAAAAUGCGUACUGAUUCCCGGGAUUCUGAA